AUGUGGGCAAUCUCUAGAUCUUCUUGCGAAGUCUAGAGAUCAAUGAAGUGGGUCGUCGAAUCAUCUCCUGCGGCUAUCACCCGGCGGAGCGGAAAAACGGUGACUUUGCGGCUCUCCGGCGGCUGUCACCCGACGGAGAGGAGCUGGAUGGAGGUGGGGCGCGUGUUAGGGAGCUUCAUCCUCAGGUCCGCACAGCAAGAGGAGGCUCUUCAUCGCAUCUGGUAUGCUCUCAGGAGGUGGCGAUUGGUCUCCCAGCGGAUCGUCCUCUUCCCGACGAUGGCUUGUUUGUCAAUCAAUCGGAGAUGAUUUACUCGAUGGAUUCGCGAUCCUUUUAUCGUGAAUCGUUCAGCAAUUUUAGUAGCAAUGCUCCGCGAAUCGCAUUGAUGAGGUUUUUGCCGAUGAUCCAGCGAUUCUCGUUGCUUAAUCCUUCACCGGCGAUCUGCAAGAAAGUUGCGAUAAUCAAAUAAAAAUAUAUGAAUUUUGACUCUGGAAGGAUUCAAGCCUGCACUAGUCGCCCGCCUCUUCUGAGGAAGGUGUGACGGGGGUUUAGUCCCACAUCAGUUAUACGCCGAUUUUUUGGGUGAAUAUAUAGUAAUGUUAGCUUUGUGAGCAAAGUCCCUUCUCUCGCGUGUAUGAUCACUCCUUGCCCCACAGUCAGCUGGCCACCGGUGACGUGGAAGGGCAGUGGCGUACGCGUGCCCUGUCAGUCCCCAAGCCAAGCCGCUCGAGCCCCUGCUCGUGGCUUACUCCCCCACUGCGCUUCCGACCCGCUUGCAGGCACGACUGGCCGGCGGGUCCCCCUAUUUUUGUAAUAUUUUUAUUUUUAUUUUUUAUUCUUCAUUUAUCUCAAAAGUAAGAUUGUAAAAAUCAUAUAAAAUCACAUAAUUACCCAAAAAUUCAUGUUAAUCAAUUGAAAACUAAAAAUCAUUCUUUAACAGAAAUAUAAGUCUAUUUAUCAUGAGUUAAGGCUAAAACUAUAUUAUUUACUAAUUAUUAACUCAUGAUAAUGAAGACUUAUCAGGCGGCAUGCAUCGGUGAUGCACCAGAAUCUUGAGUAUUCGGGAGGAUCAUCGUGUAGUGUCCAUGGCCUUGAAGGCUCUCCUUGGAUAAAGAUGAUAUGGGCAAUCUCUAGAUCUCCUUGCGAAGUCUAGAGAUCAAUAAAAUGGGUCGUCAAAUCGUCUCCGGCAGUUGUCACCCAGCGAAGUAGAAAAACGGCGACUUUGUGGCUCUCUAACGGUUGUCACCCAACAGAAAGGAGCUAGAUGGAAGUGGGGCGCAUGUCAAGGAGCUUCAUCCUUAGGUCCGUAUAGUAAGAGGAGGCUCUUCAUCGCAUCUGAUACGCUCUUAGGAGGUGGUGACUUGUCUCCUAGCGGAUUGUCCUUUUCCCGAUGACGGCAUGUUUGUUGAUCAAUCGGAGAUGCUUUACUCGAUGAACUUAUGAUUUUUUUAUUACGAAUCGUUCAACAAUUUUAGUAAUAAUGUUUUGUGAAUCACGAUGAUGAGAUUUUUGCUGAUGAUCUAACAAUUUUGGUUGCUUAGUCCUUCACCGAUGAUCUACAGGAAAGUCGCGAUAAUCAGAUAAAAAACUAUGAGUUUUGGCUCUAGGAGGAUUCAAAUCUGCACCGGUUGCCCGCCCUUCCUAGGGAAGGUGAUGUAAGUUUAGUCUCACAUUGGUUGUGCGUCGAAGUUUCUGGUGAAUAUAAAGUAAUAUUAGAUUCUCGAUCAAGUCCCUUUCUCGCACGUGUAUGACCACUCCUUGUCCCAUAGCCAGCUGGCCACUAGUGACCAGGAAGGGCAGUGGCGCACACGUGCCCCCAUCAGUUCAAGUCGCUUGAGCCCCUACUUGCGAUUCUUGUCCGAUUGCACUUCCAACCUGCUUGUAAGACUGACUGGCUGGUGAGCCUCCUGACGUGACUCAGUCGUUGUAUGUUAAAUCACGCAAAUAUAAAAUUUAUAAAACUAGAAAAUACGAAUUUUCGGAUAUUUAGAAGUAUUUCAAAAUAAAUAUAUCAAUUAUAAUUCAAUAAAAAUUCCAAAAAUAGCGGUAAUUUUCCAGGUCGAUCACAGGGAUGUAAUAUAAUAUCUGGUAAUUAUUCAGAAUUUUUCUCAAUGAGUACAAUUUUCUUACGAAUUUUAUACUAGGAAAUAAAAAGGAAAUAUAUUUAAAAUUCACAAAAAGAAAAGGAAAUAAGGGUGCGGACGUCAGGAUGACGUCAGCGCCCGGCGAACGCGAAUCAGGCGGAAACAGAGUUCCGCCCGGCGAUUCUUACGUAGGCGAUUACAGACGACUCAAUUAAUCAAAUUAAGAUCUGUAAAAGCCGGAAGAAUCGUAAUUGAACGAAGUAUAGUUUGGUAAAUAAAAAUCAACAAAGUAUCACUAAAUGAAGCGUAAAUUAAAUUGAAAGCAGGAAAACAGAGUUCCGGCGUCGCGACGGCGAUGCGUCGGCAAUGCACCGGAAUCCUGAGCGUUCGAGAGGAUCGUCGUGCAGUGUCCACGGCCUCGAAGGCUCUCUUUGGACAAAGACGACGUGGGCAAUCUCUAGAUAAAGCAGGAAAACAGAGUUCCGGCGUCGCGACGGCGACGCGUCGGCGAUGCACCGGAAUCCUGAGCGUUCGGGAGGGUCGUCGUGCAGUGUCCACGGCCUCGAAGGCUCUCCUUGGACAAAGACGACGUGGGCAAUCUCUAGAUAAAGCAGGAAAACAGAGUUCCGGCGUCGCGACGGCGACGCGUCGGCGAUGCACCGGAAUCCUGAGCGUUCGGGAGGGUCGUCGUGCAGUGUCCACGGCCUCGAAGGCUCUCCUUGGACAAAGACGACGUGGGCAAUCUCUAGAUAAAGCAGGAAAACAGAGUUCCGGCGUCGCGACGGCGACGCGUCGGCGAUGCACCGGAAUCCUGAGCGUUGGGAGGGUCGUCGUGCAGUGUCCACGGCCUCGAAGGCUCUCCUUGGACAAAGACGACGUGGGCAAUCUCUAGAUCUUCUCGCGAAGUCUAGAGACCAAUGAAGUGGGUCGUCGAAUCGUCUCCGGCGGCUGUCACCCGGCGGAGCGGAAAAACGGCGACUUUGCGGCUCUCCGGCGGCUGUCACCCGACGGGGAGGGGCUGGAUGGAGGUGAGGCGCGUGUUAGGGAGCUUCAUCCUCAGGUCCGCGCAGCAAGAGGAGGCUCUUCAUCGCAUCUGGUACGCUCUCAGGAGGUGGCGACUGGUCUCCCGGCGGAUCGUCCUCUUCCCGACGACGGCUUGUUCGUCGAUCAAUCGGAGAUGAUUUACUCGAUGGAUUGCGAUCCUUUUAUCGCGAAUCGUUCAGAAAUUUUAGUAGCAAUGCUCCGCGAAUCGCGUUGA